AUGGCGGCUGCUCGUGGCACGGGCAGGGAGGUGACAGUGUCCGAGCAGAGGGUGCUCCUAUCCCCUGAAACCGGACACAGCAGCCUUGUGCUGGACUCAGCAGAACAAGUUUCCGCUGAGCCGCAGUAUCGCCGGGUCCCAUGCCGGACGUCUCAGUAUCAUGCGAAAAUCCUCGGGCCAGCUGCUGCGGCGUCCUGCUCCGAGCCCUGGGGCCGAGUGGCCAGGAGGGCACGGCUGGCCCUGGCCGUGCGGCACGGAGAGUCCGAAGCACUGAGGAUAAGUGGCUUGUCCAAGGUGACUUCGCAGCCGAGUCGAGAGCGGACUCUGAAGUCCCGGCUCCAGCCCCCUGCCCUGCCUGCAUCGGUCGCUAACAUCGCCAGCGCUUUCUUCUGCGAGCACUGCGGCUGCAUCCCGCUUUGCCCUGCUCCGCGCCGCUGCUCCGCGAGCGGGGACCGCUGCUACCUGCCUGCUGCCGUGAGCCGGGGGAAUGGCCGUUUGCAUGUCCUCGCCAUCGCCUUCGCCUUGGAGGUGUCAGUGGGGAAGACCAACACUGUGAUGGCUCUGAAUAACUCCGACGUCCUGCUGCCCUGCACCUUCACCACCUGCAUAGGCUUUCAGGACCUGGUCUUCACGUGGUAUUUCAACUCGACGGAGAUGAUUUACCACGGCAAGAUAAAGAGCAAAGCCUCGGAGCCCUUCCUCGUGGGACGCAACCCACGGGUCGAGUUUGUCGGCUCAACGACCGGGAAGGACAACAACAUCUCCAUCGUCCUGAAGAAUGUGGACUUCAGCGAUGCUGGGAAAUACACCUGCCACGUCAAGAACCCCAAGGAGAAGAACGCGCAGCACAACGCCACCAUCAUCCUCACGGUGGUCCAGAAGAUGGUGGAGACAGACAACACUCUGACGCUCAUCAUCGUGAGCGUUGUGGGGGGGCUCAUCGGCCUCCUCAUCCUCUUCAUGCUCAUCAAGAGGGUUGUCCUGUUCAUCAUCAAGAAGACCCAGGAUGGGAAGAAGGAGUGUCUCGUGAGCUCGUCAGGGAACGACAACACCGAGAACGGCUUGGCCGGCUCCAAGGCAGAACAAAAAGCACCACCAAAGGCAUGAAGCAGCGGAGCCCUGGCUCGCCCAGCCGCGGGGAGGGUGGGCAGGGGGACCAGCCUUUCCCUUUUGUUUUCUUUCCAAACUGCCGACGCUUGAGACAUGUUUCUAUUACACACGUGCCUGCGACCUG